CACUUUGUAGCGGUUCAGUUGAAAGACGCGCUUAAUACAAAUAAAGACAUUACCAAACGGGGCAUGGUCAAUAUCGUUCGAAGUGCAGACCACCGCCAUAGUUACAGUUAUAAGUUAUUUUUUGUUGUAUGAAUACAAUUUGACAGAUAAAGUAAAAGCGUGAAGUUGACAAAUAACAGUCACAACUUCAAAUUAGAACAAUAAAAAAUAAAGUUAAAAUUGUAAUUGUGAGCAGACGGAAUUCCCUAUAAAUAUUGUUGUGACCCGAUCGACAACAGAAUCUACCCAGUGCAACGAUGAAUGCGUUACAGAUAUUUCUAGUUUUCACGCUGUUGUAUGGCGUGGUUGUUGCACAAGACUAUCAGGACUAUCAGGAAAAUACGCCACGUCCUGCACCGAUAAGACUGCGCCCCAGCGCUGGUAUUGCUGAUGCACCACGACCCACACCUGUGCCUAUACUGAAGCAAAUAAAUAAACACAACGAAGAUGGUUCCUAUACAUAUGGUUAUGAGGGCGCUGAUGGUUCCUUCAAAAUCGAAACAAAAUUGGCGACCGGUGAGGUUAAGGGUAAAUAUGGUUAUGUCGAUGAGACAGGCAAAGUGCGUGUGGUGGAAUAUGGUGCCAAUCAAUAUGGUUUCCAACCUUCCGGUGAAGGUAUCACAGUAGCGCCACCUACUUUGGUCGAUGAAACGCUCAAGGAGGAGCCGGAGUAUGAGGAUGAACCUGUGCGUCCGCAGAGACCUUACCGCCCACCUCGUCCACAACAGCCACGCCCUGCACCAGCGCCACGACCACAACCACAACCUCAACCACAAUAUCUACAAUAUGAGGAAGAACAAGAACAACAGCCGGAGCCACCACGACGCAUACAGUACGCACCACCACCACAAGCUUCAGCCGCUCCAGCGCCACCAAGAAUACAAGUGCCGGGUGCUCAACGUACUACUGAUGUUUUAUACUCUCCACUGCAACGCCCGGCACGUCCCGAACCAGACUUCUCACAUUUGCAGAACUUUGGUGACGGUCCUUCCAAUGUGCGUGUUUCACGUCCUGUCUAUGCCCCCGCGCCAGUUCAACCUGCACCCUCCAGCGCACGCGCCAAUAACUUCCUAGGACCGCCGUCCGGUGGUCGCCCCAUUCUGGAGCCUUCACAAUUUGGUCCACCGCCACAGGCCCGCCCAGUACAGCAGUCUGCACCAGCGCCUCUACCUCGCUAUCAACCACAGAUCAACCACCAGCAACAGGCGCAAGGACGUGCCGGUGGUGGUGGUGGCGGCAGUUUAUUGGACCAAUUGGCGCGGGAUUAUGCUUUGCCACAAGGAAAUGCUCAGCCUCUGCAUGACAUUUCAUUUGGUUACUACUGAGAGAGUAGUCACUUUGGGUUCUGCUUAGUUGUUUAAUCGUAUGUAAAUCUAUAUAGUAAUUUAAUGAGCCCCAAAAUGAACUAAUGUACCAUCAAUCAUUGUAAAGUGUGGCCAAUUUAUUUCGAAAAUUGUAAUUUACAAAUUACUUAAGUAUAAUUUCGACAAAAUAAAAAUGAAACAAAAUACAAAA